UCUCGCGUCAGAGGCGGCUUCGUUAUUUAAACUUGAUUCAAGAAGAGAGGAGGAAAGUUUUCACAGACGGGACAGCGUUGCCUAGCAGCUAGGUGGAGGACUCGUGCUACUUCACGUUGCCUUUUUGUUACCCGCGCGCUAUAUCGAGGAACCGCGGAUAUUUCCCCUCUCCGCCUGUCAUCUGUCCGUUUCCCCCCUUCUCGCAGUCUAUAUUGCAAAAAACAUGAGCCAGACCGUGACACUAAAGGGACCCUCUCCUUGGGGUUUUCGACUGGUGGGUGGACGUGAUUUCAGCACACCGUUAACCAUCUCCAGGAUAACACCAGGCAGCAAGGCAGCCCAAGGGGACCUGUGUCCAGGCGACACCAUCUUGGCUAUCAAUGGCGACAGCACAGAGCUCAUGACACACAUGGAGGCUCAGAACAGGAUCAAAACCUGCACUCAGCAGCUCACACUCAACAUCAGCAGGUCGGGAUCAGGAGACAGAGUGUGGUCGCCAACACUUAGUGAAGAUGGCAAGACAAGCCCUUACAUGGAGCCUGACUCACAGAAUUUCCGUCCCAUCACCAGUGGAUAUGGCGUUUCCAGUCGCAAACCUUCGUAUACACCUGAACCCCAGUACACGCAGGCUCCCCAGUACACGCAGGCUCCUCAGUACCCGCCAUCUCCCCAAUACACGCCGUCUCCCCAGUACCCGCCGUCUCCCCAGUACCCGCCGUCUCCCCAGUACACGGCGUCUCCCCAGUACCCGCCGGCUCCCCAGUACACGCCGCCUCCCCAGUCCCCACAGGCUCCUCAGCCUGCACAGGCUCCCCAGCACCUGAAUAAUGGACACUCCAGACCCAACAAUGGCCACAGCUAUGGAUACGGGAACGGAACCGGGAACGCUCAGUUCAACAACCCAGCAGGACUUUAUCAUAAUGGCAGCAAUGGAGACAGAUCUCUGCCAAGCAAGAUGGGAGGCCUGAACCUCAGCGCCACACACAGCCCAGAGCCUCCCACACAAUCCCCUGGGGGCCGUAAUGGUUUCGACCCACAGUCCGACGUCUACAAGAUGCUGCAGGACUACGAGGAGCCCGUCUCUGCACCCAAACAGUCCGGCUCCUUCAAAUACCUCCAGGGAAUCCUGGAGGCUGAGGAUGGAGGUGUGUCCCCAACAGACAGAAUGAGAAACUUAAAGUCUCCGGUCAGGUCUCCAAUCCCCAAACUGGGAAGCCCCAUCCCCAGCCCGAUGUCCGGUCUUCAGAAGCUACCCCAGUGCACACGCUGCUGUAAUGGCAUUGUUGGCACCAUCGUGAAGGCCAGGGACAAGCUCUACCACCCCGAGUGCUUCAUGUGCGAUGACUGCGGCGUCAACCUCAAGCAGAAAGGCUACUUCUUCAUCGAGGAAAAUCUGUACUGCGAGAUCCACGCCAUGGCUCGCGUCCAGGCCCCAGAGGGCUACGACGUUGUUGCCGUUUACCCCAACUCUAAGGUGGAGCUAGUCUGAGACAGAGAUGGAUAUACUGUAAUAUAACUGGGAAAGUCAAAUUUGGAAGAAUGGGGCUACUGGGUAUCGUUGCCUCCAUUUAUCAGGCUGUCAGGGAGGAAUGCCGAUCUUGGAUGAGUUUUCUCCUUUGGGGGGAGUCCGAUGAAAUGUGUGCAUUCGGUGAUCCAAGAUCAGCAUUUCUACGCUGACAGUCUUGAGAAAUGGUUUGUAUAUUGAGCAUAUUGUAAUCUGUUGACAGAGUUAUGCUUGCAUCUGAUGACUAUUCAAAACUCAAGAUGACAUUUUAUGUCCCAACCUGACAGCCCUCAUCUCUCAAUCAGUGUGUUUACAUUCAAGUCCCAGAAACAUAAUGAACAAGUUAAGGCCAAAUUCAAAUCUACAUCAAAACUACAGCAGAAGAAGAUUCAAUGUAAUAACUAAGAAAAAGUCUGCAGAUAAUAGACUGAAAUGUUUAUGCAGUGUGAAAUGACUACACCAGUAUACUCCAGCACUCUGCUCUUCUAACAAUCAGCACAUGAGUUUAUUAACAGCAUCAAUUUCAAUAUCCCCUGACAACCCUCACACAAGCCUUAAAAUAACUACACAAGGUGUGUGUGUGUGUGUGUGUGUGUGUGUGUGUGUGUGUGUGUGUGUGUGUGUGUGUGUGUGUGUGUGUGUGUGUGUGUGUGUGUGUGUGUGUGUGUGUGUGUGUGUGUGUGUGUGUGUGUGUGUGUGUGGUUAUCACAAGAGCAUUUUGAGUUGAUUGGUGUGUUGGCUGUAAUGAGCUGCAGAUGAUAUUUAGUUUAAGCUUCGGUUAAGGGGGUUUAAAAGUUUAUAACCAUGUUACAGUUACACAUUAUACUCCUGUUGUGGAUAAAUGACUUUUGCAUUUUGUAAUUUACAUCUAUGCAGUUUAUAUAUCAGACUUUCUAUGUUACAAAGCUGGGGAACAUCUCUGUUUGGUGGUCGCUUUUUCUGCUUACUUUUCAGUUGUGUGAAACAAUAAGUAAUAAUUCCUUAUAAGCAGAUGUCUAACAAAUAUAAUUGUGAGUGUCUGGAAUGGGUUUCAGUAUGCUUUAGUAAAUGGUUUUACAGAACUAUAGCAUACAGCGCACGCCUUCGUACGCAGCUAUCCAAGCAGCUUCUUCUGUGAGGGACUAUAGAACUCGGUGAAAAUCAGUUUAAAGAAUUUCUCCCAGAUGCGAUCGCAACAACCUCAAUAUAUAAACAACAAAAUUGCAAGAAAUGAGACUUUAAUGAUUAAGUCACUUAGCCUAACGCUGCGCGUGCUUUCAUUAAUGACAUUUUGAAAAGGCGUGACACACAGUCACAGAAGAUUGUAACUAAAGUGCUGCUUAUCACCUCACUGAGAGACGCCUUCCAACUCUCAUUCUCACUUGACAAUUCCAGUACACACAGAAAACAAAAGCAUGGAGUUCAUUGUGUCUGUUUAUUACAAAUUCUCCAUUUUGACAACAAAAUCCACUUCUCAUGACAACUUUAAAAAAUGACCAUGUGCAUUUGAGACGGGAGACAUAAAACUGUCCACAGCCAACAACAUGUGGGAGUAAUUCUCCUUUUUUAUUUCUUUUGGACCCGCAACAUAGAUACAUUACAGCUCGCUUUUUAAAGGAAGAAAGUAAAGGACAGAAGUUGGAAGUAUGCAUAGUUGUAUUCCCUUACUACUAUGAACUCAAAUGUCUGCUCACAUCCAAGUGGAUGAAGCAAAUGUAAUACUUCUAAAUUUCCUCGGAGAGAGAGGGAACACAAAGGGAUGUGAGGAAGAGAGACGAGAGGACGGCAUAGAUUUUAGAAGGAAGCGUGUCAUUGUGACAAUAUGUGGCCGUCCCUCUUGGCUUAUUGUGAAUAGCUGUGUGGAGAAGAGUGAUCUUUUUCUUAAUUUUAGAAAUGUUUCUAACAAACCUACUUUUUUUUUUUUAAAUGAGAGAAUUAAUUUUGCAGUGCUGAUGUCCAUCAUUAUGUUUAGAUAUCAACAGUGAUGCGUAGCUGCUGGUAUGCCAUCUAUACUAGUUAUCUUGUAAAUUAUGUGAAAAUUAUAUUGCUACCACAUUGUUUUCUCUGGUUCUGUACAUAUUUGUUUUAUUAUGAUUUCUUUAACAUACAGUGCGUAACAUGUCACUCACGUGCCUCUGCAUACCCGGUGUCUUUUUAAAUGAUUUCUUUGACACAAAUCGUCUUUUUGUGUUUAACUUAUUGUUUUACCAACACGUGUUUUUUUUGUUCUUAUUUGCUUGUCUUUUUCUAGAAACUAAAUAAAAUGAGGAAUGCAUUACCAUGA